AUGAGUGGCUUUGGUCUCUUUGAAAAGGUGAGGGUAAAGCUACAAGCAGACCUCACCCCUGAUGAAUUUGCAACGCUCGAAAAAUGCGGCCGUCAAGUACGGAACGAUGCGCGGAUUGGGUCCAUGAUUGGUGCUGUUGUAGCCAUCUUGGGGAUGCGUCGUCGCAAGUUAUGGCCAUUGACCAAGUUUCCUGGACGUGCACUCUUCUUCAUUGGUGGAAGCACAGUGGUGGGUAUGCAGAUCGGUGUUGUCGUUGGGAGCAUCUCAGCGGCUUCAACGGUUCAGACCAUGCCAAAGGAAUCUCAACACCGCGUGAUGAAGGCCAUCAGGGAGGUACAGGUGGAACAGCAAGACAAGAUCAGACGCGGUGGUCCCUUGGGUGAGAUUCGCGUUUGGGAGCAGAAAUCAACGACAGACAUGCCUAUGGAUGCUGCGAAUGAGGGUAUGCCAGCUGACCCAAGCCGGCCUGUGGACGCUAGUCUACGUACACCCUUCAAUGGACCUGGUCCGAUGGCUAGCUCGCAAGAGCCGCAACAUCAAUCGAAUGUAUGGCAGCAGUUGCGUGGAGAGAACGGAGGACGUCCACAGACUGCUUGGGAGAAGCUACGCAGUGGACGUGAUCCUAAUGCUCGUGCUGCUGGACAACAAGCGAAUCAGACAGCAACGGCAGAUCCAUUCACGCCACCGCCAGACGAUAGUGUAUCCCCUGCCAAAUUGCCUGCUCAAUCGACAAGCAGAGGCUCAGACUCUGAGAGCAGACUGCCAGAGGACAAGGCACGUUCACAAAGCGAGUUUGACAAGUUGCUCGACCAAGAACGCGCAGGCUUUGGUGUCGACUUUGUUGAGAAUGGUUCACAUCCAAUGGCAAGCAACAAGCAACCUCGUCGCAACAAGUUUGGUGAUGUGGAAGUAUAA